AUGCAUAUGGAAACUACAGCAUGGAGUGUUAUGGAACUCGCUGGUAAAGAAGAAAAAAAGUUGGCUUUUGAGGCAGGUGAUAUAGAUAGUGAUGCCACUAUAAUUGGAUUUCGGACGAAAAAAAUAUUAUUUAUUGGCAUAAGAAAUCGGUACUGUGUGAUUUGCGAAAGAGCGAAAACCAUCGGUAAAUCUCCCAUGACCCACAAGUGCUUUUUAAAUUGGAAGAAUGGUGCUACCAGCAUAGAAGCCGAUGCUAUAGCAGAAGGAUUUUUAUGCAGCGUUAAAAUGCAUGGUUUAAAAUUUAAACAGUUAAUUGGAGACGGAGAUAGUAGUAUUUGUAAAAGAUUAAAUGAAGUUAUGCCGUAUGGACCUACAUUUUUAAUUGAGAAAAUUGAAUGUAGAAAUCACAUACUUCGUAAUUAUGGACAAAAAAUAAUGCAUUUAACAAGGAAAACUGAGUAUCCGGGUUUUAUACGAAAAUUUAUAUCAAAGAAUGUACUAAGAUUUCGAACAGCUAUAACAAAAGCAAUAAAGUAUAGAAAUCAAAUUGAUGAA